AUUCGCUCUCCUCGCAACUUUCUGCUGGGAAACAGGGCCAGGGUGCAGCUGUACAGCUGAAGCUGCUAAAACGAGGUCGCGUGUCGGACUUCCAGCUCAUUUUUCACCGCCCAGGCAACUGUCAGCAUGAGCGCUACAGGUGUUGCCGACAAACCGGAAGGUCUUCGACAGAGAGCCAAUGCUUCAAGCUCAAGCGACAAGACUUCCUCUUCUGUGCCGCAAGAUGCAGAGCAGAAGGGACACAAGGUGCUGGGUCGCACCUCUGAUGGCACCGUCUUCGAAGUGCCCGAGACUCCGGAUAUGCUCACCUCCAUCUUCUCGCCGUACGCGCCAAAGACACCACUCGAUAUCUUGACGAUUGUCAGCUUGUCAGCUCAGGUGCUGCUGUUCUUUGCGCUGUCGCGCAGCUCCGCUCGCAUCGUCUUCGCGUGCUAUUUUGCGUUCUGGAGAGCAGCAUACAACGCUGGUCUCGGCUGGGUGCUGAAGCAACAGAGCGAGCACAAUUGGAUCGUGAAGAUAGUAAAGCGCGAAGGUUGGAUGGAUAAGAAGAGCAGCCCGAAGAUGGAAGAGGCUGUCAGGAAGCAUCUGAAAGCAAAGAUGGGCAAAGGAUACAAGUAUGAAAAAGUGCCCAUCGAAUACAACAUCUGGCUGCUUUUUAGGUCCAUCGUAGACGUCAUCUUGCUCAACGAUUUCACAGCAUACAGCCUCUUCGCGUUCUCUUGCACCCGCCUUCCAGAGGGUCAUAGCGCAAUGAUGCACGUUCUUCGUUGGGCAGCGGGCUGGACACUCAUCUUUUUCAAUCUGUGGGUCAAGAUGGAUGCUCAUCGAGUCGUAAAGGACUACGCGUGGUACUGGGGAGAUUGUUUCUUCCUCUGUCUCCAGUCCUUGGUAUUUGAUGGAGUGUACGAGCUCGCACCGCACGUGAUGUAUUCGAUUGGCUACGCCGGCUACUACGGCCUGUCACUAGUCUCGGGCUCGUAUGCAGUACUGUUCGUCUCCCUGGCAGCACACGCCAGUCAAUUUGCGUUCUUGAUGUGGUUCGAAACGCCACAUAUCGAUCGCGUGUACGGGGAGAAGAAGCCGCUUGCUGCUCGGGUGCCCCUACGCACUGCACCCUAUAAUGCUGCCUCUGCAGAUGCUGCGAAAGGCCGCGGAGAGGCGAAGCGCCCUCGGGCAGACUCGGACGCGUUGCCCUCGCCACGACUUGCGAUGUCACCUUUGACUGGACAUUCUGGCGACCUUCAGUCGACAGAUGACGACGAUCUCGGCCAUUCCACCGAUCUGAGCCCCGAGGAAGCCCAACGCAUGCGGUUCCAGGCUGAGAGAGAGUCUCGCACCCGCGCUACGAAUCUUCACGACCUUCAUCAUAAGAUUUUCAAGCGCGAUGUGGUGGUGUUCAAGAACUUGGAUCCUUUGAGAGGAUCAGACUUUCAGCUCAUCGUAGCAUCUUUCUACGCACUCGUGCCAUUCCUGCUGCCGACGAGCAGACUCGGCUCUACCACGACGCUUGUCCUCGCUUACUUGAAUGCACUGGCUUGGCGUGCCUUCCACUCUGGGGGACUUGGUCUUAUUCUUAGCAAGCAGAGCCAGUCGAAGUGGAUGGUUCGCCAUUUUCUGAAGCAUUACUCAUUCAAUAGUAGCGCAGAUGCAGUAUACGAGACGUUUGAUUCUUGGAAGAUUAUCUACAACACUAGUCUGGUCAUGACCUACAUCUCGUAUGGCAUCCUCUGCUGGAAAUGCUAUGUGCCGCUCGGCUCUGACUGGCAGGUUGGCACAGAUUUGCUACGCCACGUCCUCGGCGUACUCCUCAUCGCGCUACACGUGUGGGCUGCCCACGACAGCUACAACGUUCUAGGUCCAUUCGGCUGGCUGUACGGUGAUUUCUUCAUCGACGAGUUCCCCCAUCAACUGCACUCGGUAGGCAUCUUCCGCUUCCUCAAUUCUCCCGAGCGCAGCGUCGGUCAGGCUGCAUUCUUUGGCCUGAGCCUCAUCUCCGGAUCAAAGCUGGCCUUAUCAAUAGCCAUUCUUAGCCAUGCUGCGCAUUGGGCGUUCUUGAGCUUAGUGGAAAAUCCCCACAUGCGCAAGCUGUAUGGAGAAGCUGCAUUGAGCCGCGAAGGGGGUGUCACAAAACAGCUGAAGGGUGCGGCGACGCGCAAUGCUGGGCUCUUCCGGGCAGCGCAGGAUCAUCCGCGCGUCCGCGAGAUGCGAGCCGAGCUGGAGCGAGUGCAAAAGGAUGCUAGCAACCGUCUGGAAGACUUUGGCGCUCGCUUUGAUGGAAUGGUGAAGGACACGAGGACCUUACUACAACAAGGCAGAGACAGGCUGCUGAUCGUGCGCACAGGUGAGGACAUUUCCACCAUCGACACAUCUUUGUACAAUUUGGAGGUCCAACCCUCUGCCGCGGGGAACAGGCGCUUCUAUCUUGGCGAACCGAUCUCCGUCAAGUGGCGUGCACCAAGCACUCAUUCUCGUCGCGACUGGAUCGGCAUCUAUCAGGUCUCGCGCCUCGGCGGCCCUCGAGGAGCAGAUGGCGAGCAAGCUCUUGUCACACGCAUCUCCAGCCACGGGAAGUGGGUCGGCGUUGCAGAAGAUGAAUGGGACGGCGACGUGCACAAUGGUGCUUUGCCGCUCACACCAAGCGCUGCUCCAAGCGGCGAGGUGGAGAAGAGCCUGGGUACGCCAGCACUUCAAUCGGGUACCACAAUUUUCAAGGGUGCCAAGUUGCCAUGGCAGGAGGGUAUUUACGAAAUUCGCUAUCACCACGAUGCGAAGCACAAUGUUCUUGCUCGAAGCAGUCGCCUAGAGAUUUAUGUCGACAAACCUGCCGACCCCACGUCUUUCGACAAGACAUACGCUGUGUUGGGAAAGAUUGUGUUGGCCGCUUUGGACAAUAAUAACUCUUACGCCCCUCGAUCGCAAACAGGCCGGCCUCAAGCCGAAUCCAUGCCUGAAGGUCGCACUUCGGAUGAAGACCCCGACGAUUUCACUAUUUGGGACCGUGCACAAGCCAAGCGAAUCGCUUCCGGAAUUCAGCAAGCCUUCGACGUUGAUUACUCAGUCGAUGUCGUCGUCGCAGUGGCAAACUUGCGCAAGCUGGCGCACGAUAUCGUCGAAGCGAGGCAAAUACUGGACCCUAACUUCCGUCCAACGCUCUUGCACCAAUGAAGGGCUGAGAGCUGCGGCGCACUUCUGCGCUGUUGCUUUGACUCUAGCCCACAAAGAGGCGCCAGGCUUACACAGGAGGGGGGGAAGAGGUGGCGGUG